AUGUCUGGUACUUUGGACCCCUACUUCUGGACACACCUUGUCAUGCAGCUCGGUGCCAAUGAGCCCGCGGUCAAGCACGCUCUUGUCGCGAUAAGUGGUCUUUUUGAGCAAGCCGACGGUUUGCAGCAAGACAUCACUACGGGCCAGCGACUCGUCCACCAGAGACAGGCAUUGCACCACUACAAUGCAGCAAUCCGGGAGCUCAAGACCAAGGACUUGAAAGAAAAGCAGGUCGUUGUGCUUGUGGUCUGCCUUCUAUUCAUUUGCAUUGAGGCCUUACGGUCAGAUGUGCAGUCGGCUGUACGGCACGGUCGACACGGGAUCGAAAUCUUGAAAGCCGCCUUGCCUAACAGCGGGUGGAUCAAAGAUCACUUGCUACCCAUUUUCCGCCGGUUGAGCGUGUCAGCUUUCUACUUCAGCGAUAACGACGGCACGUUUCUUGACAUGCCCGAUUUGUGGGAGCCUGCCCCACGCUCCUUUUCAACAGUGUAUGAUGCUCAGCACAUGUUUGACGUCAUCAUCGCCCGGAUAUCGCACCUAACGCUCGUUAUUGCCGAGACAGGACAAAAAAUAGCUGUUGAACGAGAGGGGACCAGAAUACAAACCCCUUGUUCUGACGACCACAGAGCUGAACAAGCUAUUGUCAAGAAUCUUUUGGAGAAGUGGCUGUAUCUGUUUGCCCAGCUCAUCGCCCGAAUACAUCAUAUUGAUGCGAGCGGGAAACGCUUGAGUUCCCAAGAGCAAUAUCAGAAGAAGAAGAUGCAAGUGUUCAUGCUGACUCGCUACGAGGCCGCUCGAAUCUGGAUCGAGAUGGCAUUUGACGGAGACACACCCAGAGCCAGAGACAGGUUCCUACCGAACUUUCAAAGGGUCUUCAAGCAACUUCAAUGGCUUCAGUCCCAGAUGCCACACGGUGUCCAGACUGCCACCGGAAAGCAGUCGCCGCAGUUCAUGUUCGAGAUGGGGUUCACAGCCAUCAUCUUCUAUUUCGUGUCCGCAUGUCCUUACCCUGACAUGAGGCUCGAAUUCUUGAGAUUUAUGCAGCUUUUUGGGCUACCGAAAGAGAACCUCUGGGAUCGAGACGUUCUGGUGGCCGCUGGGAGAAAGAUUAUCGAAGAUGAGAAUGGCAUCAAGCUGGAAGACUCAGGGCGUUCACCUGCUUUGCUCUCGAGCCCCGGCUCCCUCAGAGAUUUUGCGACGGUAGGGUCAUCGAAAUCUCCACAACCUACCACACCCUUAUCAGGUGUCUUCUCACCGCUCGCGGAGUCUGACUCUCUGGUUGAUGAUUCUUCCUCAUUUGUCUUCAACAAGACACUAAAGUCACAUCCCUGGUGCUCUAUGCCUUGGAGUAUUCAGAUCGGUUCACGAGAGACUACGGAGAACGGGUCAAUGAACACAAGUUCAGGCCGAUAA